AUGACAACCAGCAACAAGCCAAGUAGCGGAUCGGCAGGUGGGGGUGCUGCUGCCUCGCGCAUCUCAUCCGUAGAUGUUGAGCAGGUAGAUGCAUUCGCACGAAGGUUGUAUAAGCGGGCGCGAGCCGCCGGUCCCGACUUGGAGGAGAUUGCGACUGCAGUGCGCAACCUGCACACUGUACUAAAGCACCUGAAAUUCGAAGCCGAGGACCCUGAGUCGCUGCUCAAUGCCGACGACAGGGCCGUAUAUAUACGUCAACUUACGCCCAUCCUCGAGGAUUCGGAAUUUGCACUUCAGCAGCUAGACACCAUACUCGAAAAAUACGGAAACGGCAGCGAUGGUGGUGAUGGUGGCGUGGCGCGGAUGGAUGGGGAGAAGGGUUGGAUGAUGCUAGAAAGUCGAGAACGUGAAAUGAUCAAACUGAUACGUAAGAAGCUCACGACUCAGAAAUUAAACGUCGAUAUAUUCCUGGAUACCAUUCAACUGCAUAAUCCAUCCAAAUCUCGGCGCAUUGUUGAUACAAAUAACGCUAGCUUCGACUCCAUCAAAGACAAAGUAGAUGAAAUCGCAUCGCGAAUAUGCCAACGAAAGAAUUCCAAUUUAGGCGGCGAUGGAGAUGAAGAGCAGCUUUGGGCACAAUUCAGAGACGAGUUAGAACGCAAAGGCUUUUCUAGAAAUGUGCUGCGUAAGAAUCAGGACGUCAUUCGAGCAUACAUUCGCCAGUUAGACGAACAGCUCAGCGCCAACGGCGGCAGCACGCCUUCAGUGCGGGGACUCCUUGAGCACUACCACCAUCGGCCUGACGAAGGACUCCAAAUUACUCCGUACCCAACAUACCCUGAUCCGGCUGACUUGAGCCCAGAGGAUAUGAACCUUGACAUCGACGAGGAGAAAUUAUUUCCGUCGAUGAGGAUGAGACGUCUACAGGCAGACGACAGGAAUGGGGAAUCACCACCAAAGAUGCCGAAUCAACCUACCUACCUCUCUUACGAGAGACGCUCGUCAGGUGAUGACGAUGAUGAGUCCAUGGCACUCAUGUCUACGCAGGAGCUGAUGGCUCUUGAUAGACGGUCUGCUGACCUCGCUCUCUCCAUGGGAGGCAUGCAUCUGCAGCCGCCAGUGCCACCAUCCAACCCAACUAGUGCAAAUUAUCAUACGUCUACCUCCCAAGCGCUGCACUCUCUGCCUCCUUCGAUCUCUCAGCCUGCACUCCCUUCUUCCUCAUCUCAAUCCGACCCACGAUAUGUUCCACAGUUGCCUCAACUUACCGGCACUUCGCCACCUACCCAACGCUCAUAUUCGGUCUCCGUGCCCGUACUAAACCAGCAGCAGCAGGCACUGAUCUCACCACAACAAAACACACGUCUUGCACCUGACAGCAAAGGUCGCGAUAUCCCACUGGAUGCGAAGUGGACACGUAUUUCCCGACGGUUGGUGUCACCUGAAGUACUCGCUGGGGCCGGAGUGCGGUAUGAAGCACGACCUGACUUCGUGGCAAUACUUGGCGAGUUGACCCGUCAGAAUGUGAUCGAUUUUGCUCGGCGGACCGCCGAAGUAAGGAAAGCGAGACGUCGGUGGUCUACCCCUGCUACUGCUACCGUAGCAACCGGUCCCGGUAUAAAGGAAAGGAGAGCCGAAGACAGAUAUCACCCGGAUAAGUACAGGAACUGGGACGUUAUCCAAGAAGAAGAGCGGCGAUCAGAGCGGCGGGACAAGAGAAGGGAUGGGAGAAACGACGAUAACUCCGAGGGAGAGGGUGUAACGUACAUCGUUAACAACAGCACUCGGCGGCGGAAGGGUAGCACGGCUAGCACCGUUACUGAACUCUAUGACUCUAGCAGCGAUGAAGAAACAUCAGGAUCGGAGAGCGAUUCUGACGAUCGAGAUCGAGACUCAUACGGGUCUUCGUAUUCGCAAUCGUACCCUCGUUCCAACUCUCGCCUUGACGAUUUCCAAAACUCCCGGUCGCAACAAACUCGUCGCAGCUCUACCAUGCCCUCGACCUCGACCUCUUCUAAGCACAACGAGAAAUCGCGACCACGACCAAAAGCUAGAGUGGACAGUGACGAUGAUGAGACUGAAGAUGAUAAAAAGAAGAAGAGCACUAAAUCAUACCCGUUCAUUGUACCGCCGCCAUCAAAAAGCGAUGGUAGCAAGGACAAAAGCAAGAGCAAAGAUGGCAGCAAUCCUAGUCCUGCCGCCACGGUGAUGCCGAAGCCCAUUCUCAAGAACAAGAAUGACGACCCUCACGUACGAAUCGAUCCCACCCCGCAGAUAAUGAACGAGGGAUCCAGUUCGAUGGCGCGGAGCUUACCCUCUUCAUAUCGCCGGAGUGAGCGGGAGCGUCGAGAUCGGGAUAGAGAUAGGACCAGAGAAAAGUCCAGAGAUAGGUCUAGGGACCGAUCUAGAGAUAGAGAUCAUGACCGAGAAAAGAAAUACCGUUCAGACCAGUACACAGACAGAGAGCGGGGAGAUCGCCAUCGGGAGAGAGACCGCUCAUCGCACCGCGGCCAUGAUGACGGCAGGGAGGAUUACCCACAACGACAUCGCCACCGAAGCCAAAGUCGCCGGUAUCACAGCGGAAGUGGCGGCGGCGUUACCAGUUCGUCGAGCACCACGAGGAGAGGAGACCGUGACCGCGAAUACCACGACGACCACUACGCCGCUAGUAGCAAUGGGAGGGGCCGGGAUGACCGUAGCUCGAAACGGAAGGCCCGCGAUGAGACGCUGCGGGCUGUCGGCCUCGGCGGGACUGCUGCCGCUUUGUUGAGCAUGUUGAGUGAGGCGGCGCUAUAG